AUGGAUGCUCUUUUCUCUAUCUGGGAGGCUUUGCCCUCCAUUUCAAAGCUGGCGCCUCCAGCUCCAGGCGUCUACACGGCAAUUCUGCACUAUUUCCAAUACUUUCCCUUGAUGACCACCAUCAUAUGGUUCCUGCCAUGGCAUCCCGCAGGCAAGACCUCCGCAGACUCUGUCCUCAACCUCCCAGGCCGCAUCGCCUGGUGUGCCAUGGAGAUCGUCGGUCCUAUCAACCUGAUCUACAACCUGAUGCUCCCAUCUAUCUACUCCCCCUCGAUUGCUGAUCUCCCAGCAUCAAAUAUCAUGGUGGCAUCUUUGUACUGCAUCCAUUACUUCAACCGCGCUAUCAUCUCCCCUUUCUUUUCAGCGCCCAGCAUGUCCCCAAUCCACCUCUUCAUCAUGUCCUCCGCCAUGCUAUUCAACUGGUUCAAUUCCUCAUGUCUGUCGGGCUGGUUGCGCGGUUACACAGUCCCAACCAUUCCGUAUUACGAGACCACCUCUCGUUCCGCCUUGGUAGACGCCAUCCCCACCAUCGGCAUCAUGACCUUCAUCAUCGGCAUGGCUGGCAAUAUCUACUCCGAGAAAACGCUGUUCAGACUUCGACGUGAAGAAGCCGAGAAACGAAGCAAGAAAACAGACAAUCCCGGAUCAAACAAAUUUUCGAAAGUUUACGUCAUUCCCCCGGCCCAGGGUGUCUUCCGCUACAUCCUCUACCCGCACUAUGUCUUUGAGUGGCUGGAGUGGAUCGGCUUCGCUCUCGCUGGUACCGCCGUUGUCCCGCUGUCUGGUUUACCACCAGCCCCUUCGGCAGCUACUACGCCCCCUUUGCGCCUUGCCCCUUGGUUGAUUCCAUUCGCGUGGGUGGCUGGGAAGCUUGCUGUGCCCCUUCCACUGCCAGCCGUUGUUUUCGUCAUCAACGCCGUGACAAACAUGCUGCCUCAUGCGCGAUGGGGCCGAGUGUGGUACGUUGAGAAGUUUGGAGAGAAGGCAGUGGCUGGAAGAGGUGCCGCUGUACCCGGCUGUGCGUGGAUGUGA